AUGGCUCCGGCGACCGGAUUUUCGUACCAGAGGCUGAGGAACGAAGGCAGUGGAGACGAGAAUUAUGAGUACCUAAAAGAAAUGAAGAGAGCGAUUGCUCACGUGAAGGCCAGAAUCCAAUGGUCUUCGAGGUUGAAGAGAGUGCCAUUGAGGAAGAAAUCAAAAAAGAUGAAGAUCCCAAGCUUGAGGAAGUUCAUGAGGAGAAGAGCUCGAGUUCUGAUGCUUUCAAUGGCGAAGGUUGUGAAGAGGCUCAAGGACAGCCAAUCACAUUUCGGCGAUUUGUUUGCUGGUACAGAUGGAUUAAUGUAUCUGCAAUGA